AUGAGGUUCCUCGCCGACCCGGAAACCGACGAGGUCUACACCAAGAUGAGCCUCGUCCCUCUCCCGCCAGACGAGAAGCUCGAUUUCGACGACGAAAUCGGCAGCGCAGUCCAAGAGAAGCCGGCUUCCUUCGCCAAGACCCUCACCCAAUCCGACGCCAACAACGGCGGUGGAUUCUCGGUGCCGCGUUACUGCGCCGAGACGAUUUUCCCCAGGCUGGAUUACGCGGCGGAUCCUCCAGUCCAGACGGUGGUAGCUAAGGACGUCAACGGUGAGGUUUGGAAGUUCAGACACAUCUACAGGGGAACUCCCAGGAGGCAUCUGCUGACUACUGGGUGGAGCACGUUUGUCAAUCAGAAGAAAUUGGUGGCCGGGGACUCAAUCGUGUUUCUCAGGGCGGAGAACGGCGAUCUCUGCGUCAGUAUCCGCCGCGUCAAGCGAGGGAUUGGCGGCGGCAGCGGGCCAGGAUGGUCCUCGUCUUCUUUCCCCCAAUCUGGUUGGGGCAUUAACGCAAACACUUGCGGGGCAACUGGGAUGGCGAACCCGUACAACAAUUUUUUGGUGUUUCUGGAGGAGGAUGAGAGCAAGGCAGCGAGAAAUAAAAGCUGCGGUGGGAAGGGAUCGGCAGCGGCGACGAAAGUGACAGCGGAGGAGGUUUUGGAGGCGGUGAGAUUGGCUGCAAGUGGGCGGCCGUUUGAUGUUUACUAUUACCCCAGAGCUAGUACUCCAGAGUUCUGUGUCACGGCUUCUUCGGCUAGAGCUGCGAUGAGAAUCCAUUGGUGCCCUGGGACGAGGUUUAAGAUGCCCUUUGAGACUGAAGAUUCUUCGAGGAUUAGUUGGUUCAUGGCUACUGUGGCUUCUGUUCAGGUUGCGGAUCUAUUCGCUGGCCGAAUUCGCCAUGGCGCCUUCUCCAGGUUCUUGCCCAAUACUGGUCAUGGAGGCGAGUGGCUCAGGGUCCUUGAGAUUCGGCAUCUCAGAGAGGAGCCGAGUCUGGACGGAGGGCGACGAGGAGGAGGAAGGAUCGGAGGGAGAGCGGGGAAGCGGCGACGGUUGUUCGACGUCGAAGGCGGCGACCGGAGGAGGAGUAGCAGCAGGAGCCUUGGGGCUGAUCGACGGGCAGGCCAAUUUAAUUUUAUUAAUUUUAAAUAA